GUCAAACUGAAAGCGUUGGAUGCAGCCGUCGCAUUUUUUUUUUAAUGGACAGUCUCGUGACGGUGAGCCCAAACAACUACGUUGAAUUCAUACUCUGUGCAUUCUCACCAUCGUGGCGAGCUCUCUUCAGCAAUGGGGACUUUUUUCGCCAAGCAAACCUCGGAUCUCAUCGUGAUCGUCCACACGGGAGACCGGAAACAGGCAGGGACGGACGCGAAUAUUCACCUCAUCGUCCACGGCGAGCACGGCCAGACCACCGAGCCCGUCCAGCUGGAUAACCUCUUCCGGAACGACUUGGAGCGCGGUUCCGUCGACACAUUCAGCAUCCCGAACGCCAAGGCGAGGAGCCUCGACAGGACCGGCCGGAUCACGAAGAUCGAGUUCUGGCAGGACGGCUCGGGCCUGGGGAGCGGCUGGUACGUGGAUAAAAUCGUGGUGGACAACAAGGUGACCAACGACGCGUACGUGUUCCCUGUGUUCCGGUGGAUCAAGGCCGACUACCGGUACAAGAUCGCCCACCUGGACACGUCCCUCCCCCAGGAUGACCAGCACGCUGACCAGAGAAAGAUGGAGCUGGAGGAGAAGAGGAAGUUGUACGAGUUUGACCAGAAGUUUCCACCACAGUUCCCGGGUGGUCCGGUUCAGGUAAGUGAAUUGACCAAUGUAAUAGUAGAGCAGGUAGAUGAAUUGUCCAAUAUAAAAAUAGAGCGGGUAGGUGAAUGAUUCAUUUUAACAAUAGAUCAUGUAGGUGAAUUAUUCAUUUUAACUAUAGAUCAGGUAGGUGAAUUAUUCAUUAUAACAAUAGAUCCGUUAGGUCAAUUAUCCAAAAUAAUAGUAGAUCAGGCCGAUGAAUCCAAUCCUAGAUCAUUACAUUCUUAGAACGGUAUACGUAUAUAAAGUAAUGGAGAGAUCAGAGCCCCAGGCAGCUAUCGUUGGCUCUGUGGGUCAACGCCCCUGCUACGCAACCGUUUUGAAUGGCAUAGCUUCAUGUUUCUGGCCACUGGCCACUUUGGUCCGGUCUAUCAGAGUGCCAUUCAGUCAUUGAAAAUGCAUAGUUGACACCGCAACUUCAAUGGGUACAAAAAAGAUAAGGAUAAUUGUGAUGGCAAAAAUUGGGAUUUCUUUUUUACUUUGGCUAAAUGAAAACGAGCGCUGACAUUUAGAAGCCGGGCCAAAAUCGGGGAGAGAAAAUAGAAAAUCUACUCCAGGACAUCGCCUGCUUUUGAAGAAAUGUAGGCUCAUUGAAUGUAGGCUCACUGAAUGUAGGCUCAUUGAAUGUAGGCUCAUUGAAUGUAGGCUCAUUGAAUGUAGGUUCAUUUAAUGUAGGCUCAUUGAAUGUAGGCUCAUUAAAGUCCAACUAUGACUGUAGGCUCAUUAAAGUCCACUCCAGUCAAGUUAAAGGAAAGUGGGGUUGGGGGGGGGGGGGAGGGGGAGGGUUUACAUUUCUUCAUCCUGUAAAAUGACACCAGUAGAUUUUUCUUUUUAAGGUCAUAUCUUUGGGAGAUUAAAAAAAAACGACCCCUAAAACAUUUGCACAUGUACAUAAGUAAAUAUUUCUUUUGAUCAAAUCAAGAAUUUAAAUAUAGCUGUACACACCAGCAAAUAUAUACUUUGGCUCUACCGGCACUUGGAUCCAUAAACGUACGCUAUGCAGCUGAGGCUGCCAUCGUUUAAUUUUGUAGAGAACCAAAUCCAUCCGGAGACAUACAUUUUGCAAGUGGUCAUUGAGUACGAAAUGGUUUGAGAAUCACCGCUCCCGAUUGACUCAAUCUCCUAUGUUUCACUUUUAAUAUUUAACAAUCUAAAGGAACGGUAAAGCCGUCUGUAAAAAAAAAUCAUUGACUAAAAAAAAUUAUUUAAAAAUCUACGGUAAAGUAGAUCAGAUCCAGAUUUCUAUCAAGUCUAUUACUGAGAUUUUAAUCGAGAUUAAUCAAGCUUGAAAAAGUGUUCUUAUGCCUUAAUCUUUACGGUUGUGUUGUUGUUAUUUUUUUGCUGUUGUUGUUUUUUUUUUGAGGUGUAAAAUAGGCUCAGACGUUUUUUAAUGCCUGACGCCAAUGGGUCAGAACAAAAAUGUUCCUAUAAUUUACUUGAGAAGCACAUAUCUUCUCACAAAUACCUUUUCUAAACACCUGUUGCAGAAAGUUCUAAGUAUAAGAACAAUUAAAGUCUUAUAACUAAAGACCUUUCAACACAACGUGUCCCUUGCAUAAGUACAAUAAUGCCAAACACUACAAGUGCGUUGUUUAAUCAACCAAGGAGAACUAUCGAGAUCCAGGUUGCGAUUUGUGUUUACUUACGCCAACGGCUGCAAAGCCUGCGUCAAGGCAAAUCAUAAUAAUAACACUCCCCCACUCCCCCCGCCCAAAAAAAAAAAAAAAAUAAAAAAAAAAAAAAAAAUAAAAAAAAAAAAAAAAAAAAAAAAAAAAAAAAAAAAUAUAAAAAAAAGCCAUUUACGUUAUUUAAGAUGAAUUGCGUUGAAUCAUUUUGAACGCACGGCUUUUUGCCGCAAAAAAAAAACACUUCUUCUUUCGGUGCACCUAUUUACAAAGUUGAUAAUUGAUUAUGCGAAAAUCCCACUGAUUUUUUUAAAACAACACUCUUCAUUUAUAAUAUUAAUAUUUUAACCAAAAUUUUCAACACUGGAGUUCUUCCAGUGAACCUGACAUGUACGCAUUUAAUUGUAACAAACAAUCCAACGCUUAGCCUACAGGGUGGACCAAUAAAAGUGAGAAUAUCUCGUAGCGUAAUAUUUUACGAGAUGUUCUCACUUUUAUUGGCCCACCUUGUACAUUACAAAUGUAAAACACACACACACACACACACACACGUUUAGCCUACAUUGUGUACAUUCACUGGCGUAAAGGGGGGAAGGGGGGCGGGGGUGUGGGGCGGCCAUGCCGGGCGGCACACUUUUAUUGGCCCACCUUGUACAUUACAAAUGUAAAACACACACACACACACACACACACGUUUAGCCUACAUUGUGUACAUUCACUGGCGUAAAGGGGGGAAGGGGGGCGGGGGUGUGGGGCGUCCAUGCCGGGCGGCACACAUUUUUUUCUAUAUAUUUAGGGACGGCAAAGUUUCUUCGUGGAAAUGGGGGUGGCCAAAAUUUUGUAUACACAUACUCUCAUUAUAUGACGUGCCAUGCAUGCAUCGUCCUUAUUUAGUUAAGCGGUCGUCCAUUAAUUACGCCAACAAUUUUUCCGCAAUUUUUUACCCCCCUCUCCUUCCCUUGUCAACAACUGUCAAACUUUCGAUGCCCCCCCCACCCUUAAUUAUGUCAACAUUAUAUGAUCCCCCCACCAAAAAAAUGAAUUAUAAUAUAAGUAAAUUUAUAAAUAAUAAAUACGUUUUACUUUAUGCUCAUGCUCACAGAAUUGUCGGAAAAAACAUUUCGUUUCGUGUUUAGCUUGUUAAUCAACAAGUUAAACAGUUUUUACAAUUAAAUUUUAUAAUGCAGAAUCAAUUAAAAGUUUGUUAAAGACUAAAUAAAAAUUGUUUUGGUAGUGUAAAUGUGACUAUUGUCAGUAUAGCUGACAAUUAUAGUAUAAUUUCUAGCUGCUAUCAUCUUCCCAUGGAGUAGCCAGAUGUUGCUGUAUCGUAACAAUGGGCAUCAGGGAUAUCAUUUGGGUAGGGCAGGGGGGCAUUCUUCUCCCCCCUCCCCCUGCUGAUUUCGCUGGUUUUCUUUAAAUUGAUAUUGACUGUGGCGCCUCCAGUAAUAAACAGCUUAACAUGCCGACCAAGUUUUGGUUUUGCACCCCCCCCCCCCCCCCCUUNGGAAAUGAUACACCAGACAAGUCAACAUCAUCCUUAUCUAACUAUUCAGCAUUUAAAAUCGAAGCAUUGUCGGUGUGAGCAAUAGUUGCAAUAAGCUCUCUCUGUCUUUGAGUUGGUACAGUUGUUAUUGAACACCGAUGAGUUGGGUUUUUUUUUUUUUUUUUAAUUGAACACCGUGUGCUAAUAAUUCUAGGGAGCGGAUUAAGAGAAAAAUGACAGGUGAAGAGAUGCCUACUUUUGACUUCUCUUGCACUCACAAAGGGUGCUAACAUUCUGACCAGCCAUCUGCAGUGCACAGACAGACACACAAUGCACAAGUCUUAUAUUGUUAAAAGCCUAAACAUAUAUGACUAUUUGCACUCAUUAAAUUGUUUAAAAUAAUGUAAUAUCCAGUCUAUGUUAAUAUUAAAAUUUUAAUAGAAAAAAAAACAAGAUUUUUGACGUCAACUAAUCUAAACCCCUCCCUCCUUGUGAACAACUGUCAAAUAUUCCCACCCCCCUAUUUUUUUAACGUAAGUAAUGGACGCCCCCCUAAUCGAUACAAAAUCCAAAAGAUAAAAUGCAUUAACAUAUUUUCAAGCAGUCUAAAAAUAUUUCGUUCUUUUACGAUGACUGGACGUUUUAUUUAACUAUUUAAUGGUAAAAUCACGAACUAUUUAUAGACUGAUUGAAAAUAUGUUUGUGCGUUUUAUCUUGUGGAUCUUUUACCUAUUAACUAAAUAAGGACGAUGCAUGCUCGGCACGUCAUUUCUUUUGGCAGUGACGACUGGACGGUUGAUUUAAUUAUUCUGUCAUCUCUGGGGCAAGGUAAACGUUCUCUUCCUAACAUUUAUUUGUCUUGUUUAAACGCCGUAAGUGACUAUUUGGGAAGCAGGGGCGUAGGAAGAGGGAUGCGCGGUGGGGGAAGGGGGGUGGGGGUCCGCCCCGGGACUAACUGUUUUUCUUCUUUAUAUAGAGGCUAGCAUUUUCGAUCAACUGCGCCCACCCUGGGCGGCGCUAUAUAAAGGCUAUCAAUAUUAAAGGCCAAAAUAAUGGAUGAAAUAAAACUGUUAACAUAUCAAUAAUCAGCUGUUAAUAACAAUGUACCGUAUAACCAGUGGCGUGGAAACGGGGGGGGGGGUCUUUAGGGGGCGGUAAGGUCCGGGCGGCACUUUAUUUUUUAUGUGGAGAGGCGUAAAUUUCGGCCAACCUCAGGGUGACUUUUUAUGAAAAAUAGGGAGGGGAGAAAGUGCCCAUCAAGGGCAAAGCUAACCCUAGCUACGCCACUGAAUAUAACAAAUAGUUCAAUAUAUAUUAUUAACUUUUUUUUUUAAAGUCUAAUCUUUACUCAAUCCGCAGGUCAAGAAAGUGCCAGCCGAUGAAGAGUUUUCUUGUGCUUACUUGGUAAGAUGACUGUGUCUGUUCAUGUUAGUUUAUAGUGUUGAGUGUCCUGUGUCUGUUUAUGUUACUUUAUAGUAUUGGAUGUCUUACUGUGUCUGUUCAUGUUACUUUAUAGUAUUUAAGGUCUUACUGUGUCUGUUCAUGUUAAUUUAUAGUGUUGGACGUCUUACUGCGUCUGUUCAUGUUACUUUAUAGUAUUGUAUGUCUUACUGUGUCUGUUCAUGUUAAUUUAUAGUGCUGGGUGUCUUACUGUGUCUGUUCAUGUUAGUUUAUAGUGUUUGAUGUCUUACUGUGUCUGUUCAUGUUACUUUAUAGUAUUGGAUGUCUUACUGUGUCUGUUCAUGUUAAUUUAUAGUGUUGGACGUCUUACUGCGUCUGUUCAUGUUACUUUAUAGUAUUGUAUGUCUUACUGUGUCUGUUAAUGUUAAUUUAUAGUGCUGGGUGUCUUACUGUGUCUGUUCAUGUUAGUUUAUAGUGUUUGAUGUCUUACUGUGUCUGUUCAUGUUACUUUAUAGUAUUGGAUGUCUUACUGUGUCUGUUCAUGUUAAUUUAUAGUGUUGGACAUCUUACUGUGUCUGUUCAUGUUAGUUUAUAGUGUUUGAUGUCUUACUGUGUCUGUUCAUGUUAAUUUAUAGUGCUGGGUGUCUUACUGUGUCUGUUUAUGUUAGUUUAUAGUGUUUGAUGUCUUACUGUGUCUGUUCAUGUUACUUUAUAGUGUUGGGUGUCUUACUGCGUCAGUUCAUGUUAGUUUAUAGUGUUGGGUGUCUUACUAUGUCUGUUCAUGUUACUUUAUAGUGUUGGACGUCUUACUGUGUCUGUUCAUGUUAGUUUAUAGUGUUUGAUGUCUUACUGUGUCUGUUCAUGUUAGUUUAUAGUGCUUGGUGUCUUAAUAUGUCUGUUCAUGUUAGUUUAUAGUGCUGUGUGUCUUACUGUGUCUGUUCAUGUUAAUUUAUAGUGUUGGACGUCUUACUGCGUCUGUUCAUGUUACUUUAUAGUAUUGUAUGUCUUACUGUGUCUGUUCAUGUUAAUUUAUAGUGCUUUGUGUCUUACUGUGUCUGUUCAUGUUAGUUUAUAGUGUUUGAUGUCUUACUGUGUCUGUUCAUGUUACUUUAUAGUGUUGGGUGUCUUACUGCGUCAGUUCAUGUUAGUUUAUAGUGUUGGGUGUCUUACUGUGUCUGUUCAUGUUAGUUUAUAGUGUUUGAUGUCUUACUGUGUCUGUUCAUGUUAGUUUAUAGUGUUUGAUGUCUUACUGUGUCUGUUCAUGUUAGUUUAUAGUGCUUGGUGUCUUAAUAUGUCUGUUCAUGUUAGUUUAUAGUGCUGGGUGUCUUACUGUGUCUGUUCAUGUUACUUUAUAGUGCUGGGUGUCUUACUGUGUCUGUUCAUGUUAGUUUAUAGUGCUGGGUGUCUUACUGUGUCUGUUCAUGUUACUUUAUAGUGUUGGACGUCUUACUGUGUCUGUUCAUGUUACUUUAUAGUGAUGGGUGUCUUACUGUGUCUGUUCAUGUUAGUUUAUAGUGCUUGGUGUCUUACUAUGUCUGCUCAUGUUACUUAAUAGUUUUAGGUGUCUGAGUCUGUUGAUGUUACUUUAUAGUGCUGGGUGUCUUACUAUGUCUGCUCAUGUUACUUAAUAGUUUUAGGUGUCUGAGUCUGUUGAUGUUACUUUAUAGUGUUGGGUGUCUUACUGUGUGGUUGUUCAUGUUACUUUAUAGUGUUUGGUGUCUUACUGCGUCUGUUCAUGUUAGUUUAUAGUGUUGAGUUUCUUAUCGUGUCUGUUCAUGUUACUUUAUAGUGUUGGACGUCUUACUGUGUCUGUUCAUGUUACUUUAUAGUGUUGGACGUCUUACUGUGUCUGUUCAUGUUAGUUUAUAGUGUUGGACGUCUUACUGUGUCUGUUCAUGUUACUUUAUAGUGUUGGACGUCUUACUGUGUCUGUUCAUGUUACUUUAUAGUGUUGGACGUCUUACUGUGUCUGUUGAUGUUACUUUAUAGUGUUGGGUUUCUUACUGUGUCUGUUCAUGUUAGUUAUCUGUUUGAUGUUUUACCCUUCAUUAUAUUGUAUGUAAGGAAUCAUAUUAUUACAGAUGAGACUGCGACAUUCAUUCUUUCAAAUAAUUUCUCCACCAAAUAAACAUCCGCCCUGUGUAUCUACGUCAUCGGCCAAAAUGGCGGGUGAUUGAAGUGCAGGUUUCUUGACAAUGUUAUGGGAACUUGUCUAAUGAUAGACUGAACUGAAACUCUCGACAUACCACUUUUUGUGUCUGCACUAGAAAUGUUUGAAAAGCUAUAAAAUUGAGACACCCAUCAGGCACACCAGGGGCGGUUUAAAGCUGGAUUGAGUCACCUAGUCACCAAUUGUCCUUAAGGACACUUUAGGAGGUGUUUGAGAUUGCCCCAGUCUGAUCUAAUCUCGCUUUGAGACUGCAUCGCUUAGAGAUUGAGCUUUGAGAAUGCCUGCCUUUGAGAUUACAUCGCGUUUGCUUGAGACAAAUCAGAGCGAAAAUACGCACAGAUACCAGUUUGUUGUGAACGUCUAUAGAGGGGGGAAAAAAAAGUAAUAUAGUUACACUUAAAAGGACAAACCGUGUUUCUCCUGUCUGAGAUGUGUUCGCUAAACUUGCAUAGAAAUGUUGGUACUAAACUAGGGUGAUCAAACGUCCCGUAUAAACGGGAUUGUCCCGUUUUUUUCCUCAUCAUGAUUUGGUCACCCUAGACUAAACUCUAACCGCGUCUUGAAACUACCUUCAUUUGGACCGUGUGAAGCAGGGCUUCUCAAAUUCUUGAUCGUACAGGAUGCUUUUAGUUUGCAAAGUUUGAAGCAUUCAAAAAUAUAUAUAUUAAAAAAUCUCUCCAAGGAAAACUCCAACUUAAAGUUUGUUGUAUACAAACAGAGUCUGAUUUACGCUCCAGGUGCAAACGGGGUGUCCGUGGGCCUUUUUUAGACCCUUACCACUUUUAAGUUUUGUGCGCCCCCCCCCCCCCCGCCCCGGGCAUUCAAAUCUGAUAGUUUGCACCUUUUCUACAUCCCACCCCCCCCUCCGGGGGGGGGCGUUGUUGCCGGCCAUUGCUCUUAAUGAAAACUUUUUUUCCUUUAUUUUUAAAGGGUGCAACAAUUUUUUUUUUCUCUAGUAGCUAGAGAGAUCGCAACAGCUGGUAGAAAUAUUUUUAAAGGGAAAGGUUUGGCGAGAUGGUGUUGAUGUGAUUAUUUAAAAACAACAAUAAUUAUUGGAUAAAUGAGCACAUAGUUUGUCUCUGAAAAGCUUACUCUGAAAACGUUCUCUCCGUUUGUCUGUCGUGUCCAAGCUUACUCCAAAAACACUCUCUCCGUUUUUCCGUCGUGUCCAAGCUUACUCUGAAAAUGUUUUCUCCGUUUGUCUGUCGUGUCCAAGCUUACUCUGAAAAUGUUCUCUCCGUUUGUCUGUCGCGUCCAAGCUUACUCUGAAAUGUUCUCUCCGUUUGUCUGUCGUGUCCAAGCUUACUCUGAAAAUGUUCUCUCCGUUUGUCUGUCGCGUCGAAGCUUACUCUGAAAACGCUCUCUCCGUUUGUCUGUCGUGUCCAAGCUUACUCCAAAAACGCUCUCUCCGUUUGUCUGUCGUGUCCAAGCUUACUCUGAAAACGUUUUCUCCGUUUGUCUGUCGUGUCCAAGCUUACUCUGAAAAUGUUCUCUCCGUUUGUCUGUCGCGUCCAAGUUUACUCUGAAAUGUUCUCUCCGUUUGUCUGUUGUGUCCAAGCUUACUCUGAAAACGUUAUCUCCGUUUGUCUGUCGCGUCCAAGCUUACUCUGAAAAUGUUCACUCCGUAUGUCUGUCGUGUCCAAGCUUACUCUGAAAACCCUCUCUCCGUUUGUCUGUCGUGGCCCAUCUUACGCUGAAAAUGUUCUCUCUUCACAGUGGGACAUCACAACGUUAAAACUGAAUCUCAAACUGACUGGAAAGAUUGUGAAGCUGACCAGUGAACCCUGGGACAGUCUUGCCGACUUGACCAACAUCUACACCAAGGAAGUCUUCACGAGACCCAGGGUACUCACUCCUUAAUAUCAUUUUUUAUCUUAAUUUUUGUUUUAUCUUAUUGUUAGCCAUUUGGACAAUACUAUUUCAUUUAAGGGGUAUAAUGUAAAAAUAAUUUUAAAUAUGCAUCUUCUUCUUCUUAUAUAUUUUGAGGGCCUACGAUCAAUGUUUUGAUCAUUCUGGCUCCUAUAUACAUGUUAAAAAAGGCAAAUAUAUUGUCCCAGAUGAAAGCCCAAAUUAGCAGUUCUGUAAUAGAGCCAGAACGAGAGAUGGUGCGGUUGGUUUAAUGACAGUGACAAUUCUUUAGUAGAGUCAGAACAAGUUCUGUAGUAGAGCCAGAACUAGGGCUGGUGCAGUUGUUUUUAAUGACAAUGACAGCUCUGUAGUAGAGCCAGAACUAGGGCUGGUGCAAUUGUUUUAAUGACAGUGACAGCUCUGUAGUAGAGCCAGAACUAGGCCCGGUGCAAUUGUUUUAAUGACAGUGACAGUUCUGUAGUAGAGCCAGAACAAGGGCUGGUGCAGUUGUUUUAAUGACAGUGACAGUUCUGUAGUAGAGCCAGAACAAGGGCUGGUGCAGUUGUUUUAAUGACAGUGACAGUUCUGUAGUAGAGCCAGAACAAGGGCUGGUGCACUUGUUUUAGUGACAGUUCUGUAGUGUAGCCAGGACAAGGGCUGGUGCACUUGUUUUAAUGACAGUAACAUUUUCAUCUAGUUACAGAGCAGUUUAUCUCUGGCGAGCACUUUGAGCCUCGACUAAAUUUCACGUCAGAGAACAGCGAUCUUCAUGCUCCUCACUGAAAAAAAAAAGGGGGGGGGGGGGUAGAGAUGAUUGCAAACUCUCAAUGUGUUCCGAAUACUUAAAUGCAUCCAGGUUAAAUGGAUGUGGUGAAUUUUUUUCCUCGUUAUAUUUGGACAUGUAAAUAAGGCUUUGCCUUACAUGUUGUUUUCUUAAAUUAAAUUAUCAAGCCAUACAAAUAGGUCACCUAGAUUUUUACAACACAUCUAUCCGCCAUGAUGGCCUCUCGCCUCAAAUUCACUCUCCUUAACAACAAAACACACAAAUUUUUCUUUAGUGUCCCAGAGUACUUCUACCUUCAGUCGUCAAAAAAACAAAGGUUGUUGACUCCUGCCCCUGCUGUAACUAGGUUUUCUGUGGGAACCCUGCAUUAGAAACCGUAGCUCCAGCUCCAUGACAAUGGCCUUUGUGGUGUCGGCCUCUAUAGUUUGGUACGUAGGGCGGGGUCCCCGAUAACAGGUGGCGUGUGCGAGAAAAUAAACUCAGUGCUCUGUGUACCAUUGAUGUAAUGUUCCGCUUAAUAAGGGCAUGGGCGCCCCUCCCCCCCCCCCCUAGGAUGGGUCAUGGGGUUCGGGUGACGCCCUAAAAUUAAUCCAUCCAAUAACUAGUAUUGAGAAAGGAAUACUCAAAUGAACACAACUAAAAGUGAACUUAAAUCAUUUGUUUAGACUUAUGAGUUCUGAAACUGUCAGCGGUGUCAGUUAAAUGUAGGGCAACACGUUGUACAGUUUGUCAUCUCCUGUUGACAUGAACACAUAACACGCGUCGUGUCUGUACACGGCAAAACAUUUAACGUGUGCUCAUGCACAAGGGUGUUUUAAAGGAGGUUUUUUUUUUUUUUUUAAUAGUUUUUUUCAUUUUGAUUAUUUUUCUGAACAAAUAAUACGUUUUUUGCCGAAUAAGAGUUGUCAUCAAAUAAUUUUUUUUAUUUCCCCACACAACACAAAGAGAAGAUACCUUGGCUCUUACGUAACGAUAUAAUCUAUUUAUAAAUCGGUGAUCAACACCAAAAUAUUGUCAUCAGCUAAGCAUUAUGAUCUGACAGCACUUGACGGUGUUAACUGUGAACUCCACUUUACCAGCGACACGAAAGACCCAAGUGGGCUUUCGGCGCCUCCACUCAAAAACGACGGUGUCUUGUGUGCGUCCUUGUAUACAUUGGAUUUUUCUUGAUGGCUGAAUUGGGGGACGUCACAAGCGUACGCCUUAAGAGAGCGCCUUUUACCAACAGUUAGUGAUGUUAUCCUUUCACAUACCCAAGGCUGAGAACAUGGAAGAUUAGUUUGUUUAGGAAACCGAGAUCAACAGAGGUUAACUGACAGCUGGAUGAAUUGACUUUCCAGACGCCUUGCUUGUUUCUAUUGUAUGUUUUUUUGGCAUAUGAAAGUUUGGAUCAAGAAAAUUUAAAAAAAAAAAUUUUUUCAGAAAGACUGGGGAAAAGUGUUGAAGGUCAAUAUUUUGAGUAUUAGAGCAGUUCUUCGGCGACAUGGACAUUUUCUACUAAUCUCUUACAUAUAUUUGGCUUCUGGUGUGUCCUGCUUCCUGUUCACAACUGGCCCUCCCCAGGCCACAUGUUUAUAUUAAUAAUAAUAAUAAAGCUUAUUUGAAAAUCACGCGUCAUCCCCAAAGGCUCGAAGCGCGAUACAAAGUCCGCCAUAUUAAAAGAAAAAAAUGAAAAAAAUCUAUAUUUUACCACAUUGAAAUACAAAAGUGCAACAUUCCAAAAAACUACAUACGAGACUUAUGCCCAGUCUAAGUCUUUCAUCCCUUGCAACCAUAAACAACACAGGCCACUAUACAUCUAAGAGAUAAUAGUUAGCUGGGAAAGAUGGUGUACAGCAUCACCCCAACAGGUGUUUGCGAAAUAGAUGUGUUUUCAAAUCGGUUUUAGUACCGAGUGAAAAAAAAGUCUCUCAUUCGUGACGUGUGGACUCAAAAUAAAAUUCUAUUGAGGGAACAACUAAUAGUCGAUGUUGUUAUUGUUCGUGUUCCUCUGUCACACAGCGAGCUACAUGUGCUAAGGCUGAAUUGCUGUCAAUAGUUUGUUAUUUUCGCUAUACCCCGACUGUUGUUUCACCGAGACAAAGCUGGUUGCUGUUUGGCGUGACAUUUAGUUGUUGCGGGUCGAAAGUUGAGGGUCUAAGUGCUCUUUACAAAACUCUACGGCACACCGUAGUUAAAAAAAAAAAAAAAAAAAAAAAAAAAAAAAAAAAAAAUUAAAAAAAAAAAAAAUUAGAAAAAAAAAAAAAAAAAAAAAAAAAAAAUUAGGAACAAUUUGAAAAAAAAAAAAAUUUGGUACAAAAUCUAAUAAGCAACUUAAAUUUAAAACAUACUCUCAUCUUUUAAGCAGGAUCGCUGUUUUAAAAAAAACAACAACCGGUUUUAGGAAAAUCUUGUUGUAAAUAAUGUAUAAGCAUUAACACGUAGAGAUUUCCAGGGGCUCGUUGGAUAUUUGAGGUCCAAGCAUUCGUGGAAUGAUUUCCACACAAGCUGGUUCAAUCAAAGAAUCAGAGAUGGAGCUUUUUUUAAUGACGUGUCCUUAAUUUUGUAACGUAUCUAAUAUGUGUGUGUGUGUGACAGUGGCAUGUUGUGUCAUUCUUGCAACUGCUGAAGAUUGUAUCUGAAAAUUGCCUGAUAAUGUUGUUGGGUCAUUUUGGCACACUGAUUUUGAGUUUAGAUGGCGAAUCGGUUACGUAAGACAACACGACUCGCCUAAUUCACAAAGGGAUAUAUUUUAUGUCAAUAUAUGACAUGUUAUGACUGUCAAAAUGUCAAGGUUUGUUGAGCUAAUCAUUAGUGGACUAGCUCAAGAUCGAGGCCAAAGAGUCUCAGUACAGCAGAGUAUAGCUAGAGAUUGUGUCUAGUGGAGUAGAUUGUGGCUAGAGGCUUAUUACUAUGGAGUAACUAAAGAUUGUGGCUAGAGGCUUAGUACAGUGGAGUAACUAAAGAUUGUGGCUACAGGCUUAGUACAGUGGAGUAGCUAGAGAUCGUGGCUAGAGGCUUAGUACAGUGGAGUAGCUAGAGAUUGUGGCUAGAGUCUACGUACCAGAGAGUAGCUAGAGAUUGUGGCUAGAGUCUGAUUACAGGGGAGUAGCUAGAGAUUGUGGCUAGAGCCUGAUUACAGGGGAGUAGCUAGAGAUUGUGGCUAGAGUCUGAUUUCAGGGGAGUAGCUGGAGAUUGGGGCUAGAGUCUGAUUACAGGCGAGUAGCUAGAGAUUAUGGCUAGAGUCUAAGUACAGUGGAGUAGCUAGUGAUUAUGGCUAGAGUCUAAGUACAGUGGAGUCUAUAGUUACAGUCUAAGUACAGUGGUAUAGCCAGAGACUGUGGCUAGAUUCUAAGUACAGUGGAGUAGCUGGAGAUUGUGGCUAGAGUCUAAGUACAGUGGAGUAGCUAGAGAGUGUGGCUAGAGUCUAAGUACAGUUGAGUAGCUAGAGAUUGUGGCUAGAGUCUAAGUACAGUGUAGUAACUAGAGAUUGUGGCUAGAGGCUUAGUACAGUGGAGUAGCUAGAGAUUAUGGCUAGAGUCUAAGUAUAGUGGAGUAGCUGGAGAUUGUGGCUAGUGUCUAAGUACAGUGGAGUAGCUCGAGAUUGUGGCUGGUGUCUGAUUACAGGGGAGUAGCUAGAGAUUAUGGCUAGAGUCUAAGUACAGUGGAGUAGCUAGUGAUUAUGGCUAGAGUCUAAGUACAGUGGAGUCUAUAGCUAGAGUCUAAGUACAGUGGAGUAGCCAGAGAUUGUGGCUAGAUUCUAAGUACAGUGUAGUAGCUGGAGAUUGUAGCUAGAGUCUAAGUACAGUGGAGUAGCUAGAGAGUGUGGCUACAGUCUAAGUACAAUGGAGUAGCUAGAGAUUGUGGCUAGAGUCUAAGUACAGUGGAGUAGCUAGAGAUUGUGGCUAGAGUCUAAGUACAGAGGAGUAGCUAGAGAUUGUGGCUAGAGUCUAAGUACAGUGGAGUAGCUAGAGAGUGUGGCUAGAGUCUAAGUACAAUUGAGUAGCUAGAGAUUGUGGCUAGAGUCUGAUUACAGGGAGGUAGCUAGAGAUUGUGGCUAGAGGUUUAGUACAGUGGAGUAGCUAAAGAUUGUGGCUAGAGGCUUAGUACGGUGGAUUAGCUGGAGAUUAUGGCCGGAGUCUAAGUACAGUGUUAUAGCCAGAUAUUGUGGCUAGAAUUUAAGUACAGUGGAGUAGCUAGAGAUUAUGGCUAGAGUCUAAGUACAGUGGAGUAGCUAGAGAUUAUGGCUAGAUUCUAAGAACAGUGGUAUAGCCAGAGAUUGUGGCUAGAAUUUAAGUACAGUGGAGUAGCUGGAGAUUGUGGCUAGAGUCUAAGUACUAUCUUAUGAAACUCAUAUAUGAGGAAAAGCUGUCGCCACCUCUGUAGUAGAGAACCUUAACCGACCGCACCGAACCCUGCUGACGACUGAACCCGAAAGAAACACGAGCUCUUCAACGUCACCAAGUUCGACCAUCGCGAACUUAUUACAACCAACGAUUAUUUUAUGAAUGUGACACGUGACUACUUACAUCAGAAAAGCUCUUAUUUUAAUUAAAUUAGAUAUCCCAUUCCAAAUCGAUUUGUGUGUGUGUGUGUAAACCUUACGAGCAUAGGAUUGAUUUGUAUUAAUGCUUGACAAAUUAAACAACAACACGGUGUAGCAGAAUCUUUUUCACCCAGCAUCAGAAUCUUGUUUCAUUAAAAAAAAAAAAAAGUUAGAAUUUUUUAUCUUUUCAUUUAUUUGAAAUUUUAUUUCAAUUAAAAACAAACUAAUUUCAUUCAAGUUGCGAUGCUACGAACUUUAGUUGUUACCUAGCUGAACUUUGAACUUUAGUUGUUACCUAGCUGAACUCGAACUUAAUUUGUUGAGGCGCCACCCUUGUAUUUGGAGCCACCUCCUUUAGUUGAAUCCGCCCAUGUAGCAGGUGUUGAGACGCCACCUCUGCAUUUGGAGCCACCCCCUUUAGUUGAAACCACCCCUGUUGCAGGUGCUACUUGUCUUAGGUUUGGCUCCUCCUCUUCCUGAAUUGCAUCCAUCCAAUCUUUCAGGGGGCUGACCUCUGGAAUGACGACAUGUACUUCGGCUUUCAAAGGCUGGCAGGCGUCAACAACCAGGUCAUCCAACGGGUCGAUUCCAUUCCUGAAAAGUACGUACUCAAAUUAAAAUUUGGGUUACAAGUCAAAUAUUUUAUUUAUUUUUUUAAAUGGCGUCAUAAAUUAUUUAGUUCUAUUUAUAUUUCAGUAGAUUAUAGAGAAAUGGGCAGGAUUCUAGUGGUUAGGUGAACAUUAGAGACAUGGCGGGAGUUAUUGGUGGGUUUAUUAGUGGGAAUAUGGGUGGGUUUCUUGGGAUAAUGAUGUGAUUAUUGGUGGGAUCAUUGAUGGGUUUAUUGGAAUCAGGACAAACUGUACCCAGGACACACUAUACCAAAGACACACUAUACUCAGGAAACACUGUACCCAGGACGCACUAUACCAAAGACACACUAUAGUCAGGACGUACUAUACCAAAGACACACUAUACUCAGGAAACACUGUACUCAGGACAUACUAUGCCAAAGACACACUAUACUCAGGAAACACUGUACCCAGGACAUACUAUGCCAAAGACACACUAUACUCAGGAAACACUGUACCCAGGACAUACUAUGCCAAAGACACACUAUACUCAGGAAACACUGUACCCAGGACGUACUAUGCCAAAGACACACUAUACUCAGGAAACACUGUACCCAGGACAUACUAUACCAGUGGUCGGCAAACUCAUUAGUCAAAGGAGACAAAAAUCACCAGCAGGACGAUUAAAUAUUUUUGAGAGCCAAAUUUCUUUUAAGGAACCUCUCAAGAACCUUGUUCUUCGGAGUCAAAACCAAGCCGCACUCUAGCCAAGUCGCACUCUGGCCAAGUCGCACUCUGGUCAAGUCACACUCUGGUCAAGUCGCACUCUGGUCAAGUCGCACUCUGGCCAAGUCGCAUUCUGGUCGCUAAAGAGUCGCGGUUUUCCGACCACUGCACUAAACCAAAGAGACACCAUACUCAGAAACAUACUAAUAUCCAGGACAAACUGUAACCAUGGCAUACUGUACCCAGGAAGUACUAUAAUCAGGACACACUGUAUCCAGGACUGCUAUAUACCCAGGACACAUAAAACUACGCGUUACACACAAUUACUUUAUUUCCAGGGCACACUAUGCAUGUGCUAGGACCAUGUUAGAGGAUGUAUGUGUGCGCCCGGGGGGGGGGGAAUGUUUUGGGGCCUCAGAGACAAAACACAUAGUCUCCCGUUGUGUGCUAUUGGCAUAUAAGGUAUACAUUCAAAGACUGCGUUCUUAUUGAAACAUUUCAUUUGUAAGGUUCUCCUCUAAAAAGCCUAUCGGUGACCAUUUUGAUGCACCAAUUUCAUUUCAUUUGUUGUUACCAAGGUUACCAGUGACCGAUGAGCUCUUGAAACCCCUCCUGGAAGGCCUUACCAUCAGUGAAGCUGUUGCACAAAAGAGGCUUUUCAUGUGUGACUUGCACAUCCUGGAAGGUCUGCCCGUCAGGGAACACCGUGUGGUGAGUUGGGCAUUUGUGUGUGUGUGUGGUGGUGUGUGGUGGUGGUGUGUGGUGGUGGUGUGUGGUGGUGGUGUGUGGUGGUGUGGUGGUGGUGUGUGGUGGAGUGUGGUGGAGUGUGGUGGUGUGUGGUGGUGGGGGGGCGGGGAUUAUCUCGGUUGUCUUGGAGUGGGAUUAUGAUAAUGUCCCCUGGAAACGGCCCUACAGGUGAUAUGGAAAUGAAACAAUUAAAAUCAAAGGAAUAAGAAAAAAAAAAAAGAAAUACAGAGAAAUUGAACAAGGUAAACUUUCCCCAGUCUCUUCACACUUCAACAGAGAGCAAAAUAAAGGUGUAAUAUAUUUUUCUUGCACAAAUACACCAGAGAGAGUGACAAUGGAAAGCCAAUUUAUUCAGCUUUUUGGUAGCCUAUCUUCACAUGGUAUGAAUCAAAUACUCUCUUUCUAAUGUUUCUCAAUUUCCCUGUAUUUCUUCUUUUUUUUUUUUUCUUCUUAUUCCUUAGAUUUUAUUUAUCUCUAAAUUUUUGGUCCGUUAAGUUUCUCUACCUUAUUUUUUACAUUACCAAUAUUUCUAUUCUUUCACUUCCUUUAUUCACCUAUCUUCACAUGGUAUGAAUCAAAUACUCUCUUUCUAAUGUUUCUCAAUUUCCCUGUAUUUCUUCUUUUUUUUUUUUUCUUCUUAUUCCUUAGAUUUUAUGUAUCUCUAAAUAUUUGGUCCGUUAAGAUUCUCUACCUUAUUUUUUACAGUACCAAUAUUUAUAUUCUUUCACUUCCUGUAAUCCUACUUCCGGCAACAAAAAGGAAAUCUCUUAAUUUUUUUUACUGUGCUCUGAUUCUUGUCAUACAUCUUUUUGUCUUGUUUGCUGAUGAAGGCUCUAAACUGAAACGUCAAAAUCUUUUGCCUUGUCUAUGAAUUCAAGUUCAGCAUACCUUGUUCUAACAUUUAAUUGAUACAGACAUAAAGUUCCUAACUUUACAAAGAUGCCAACCUGUCAAUCACCUCAAUCAAAAGCAAGAUUAUUCAUCGUAUCAUUUUCAUUGGACCAAAUCUCAAGACAUCUUAAAAAUAUAACGUGGGAGGAUUAUAAGAGAUAGGACGUACAAAUACAACGAUAAAGAAUUGAAAAUUAACUUUUUUUAAAAAUGUUAAGUGUGAAUUGGUAGGAAUAGAUGUGUGUGUGUGUGUGGGGGGGUAUUAUUUCGAUGCUUUUUUUUUUUUUUUUUUUUUUUUGGGGUGGGGGGUAUUGAGGAGAUGAAUGAAAAGAAUUUACCCUGGAACGUUUUGAAUUUUUAGUGCCAAAGUUGUAUGUUCAUGUUGUUUCUUCAUUCGUCCCGUCUGCUAGGGAAGUCGUUCUUCUUUGACGAUCCUGUCUUUUCAUUUCAAGCUUCCACAUGCACUGCUCUACUAUUUCCUUUACCCAUCUUUACAUUUCCUAUUCACGCUGCCCAAUAGAAGCUGUUGGCCAAAGACAUGGCCUCAUUGUAAACACCAACACUGCAAUAAUGUUAGGAAAACUAUUAAGUUUCACCUCGCUCAAAGGAAUUGUCGGAUAAUUGCCUUAAUGUCAGGUCUGCACAACAUACGGCCCGCCAGCACCCCCUUUGCGCCCCGCGAAGUAACGAAAUAUGCUUUAUUCUCUUUUUUCCUUACCUGCCCCCCCCCCCCCCCCACCCCUAUUUUCUUUUGGACGAUUUAAACAAAUUUUGAGAGGCAAAUUUAUUUUCAAGAACCUGUUUAGAAACAUAAUUUUUCGGAGCCAAAACCGAUCUGUGGCCGACUUGCCGAAGCCACACCCAGGUCGUUAAAGAGCCGCAUGCGUCUCGCGAGCCACGAAAAAUCACCAACUUACGCUUUGCGGACGACAUAGACGGACUGCACAUGGCUGGGAACGAAGAAGAGCUAGCCAACCUGGUAAAGCUUCUCGAUAAGACCUUGUCGACCUACGGCAUGCUAAUCAGUGCCGAAAAGACAAAACUGAUGACAAAUAACAACACAGGCAUCACCACUGAAAUUAAGGUCGGGGAGGAAAGACUAAAGACUGUAGGCCGCUUCAAAUACCUAGAAGUUAUAGUCUCAAAAGAAGGCUCCAAGCCCGAACUGAUGUCCAGGAUUGCGCAGACUACAACAGCACUAAAGAGGCUCAAGAAAAUAUGGAAUGACAAAAAUAUAGCCCCCAGCACCAAAAUCAGGCUGAUGCGCUCAUUAGUCCUCUCCAUUUUCCUGUAUGACUGCAUGUCCUGGACAUUAAUAGCCGAUCUUGAAAGGAAAAUAAAGGCGAUGGAGAUGAGAUGCUUCAGAAGCAUUAUUGGCAUCUACUAUAGGGACCAUAUCUCCCAUGAUACAGUGAAAGAAAGGGUUCGUCAGACAAUUGGGGAGUACGAUGACCUACUGGUGACUGUGAAAAAACGCAAACUACAAUGAUACGGCCACGUAACAAGGAAACAAGGGCUUGCCAAAGAAAUAUUGCAGGGCACCACAAGAGGAGGGAGAAGAAGAGGAAGACAAAGAAAAAGAUGUGAGGAUAACAUCAAAGAGUGGACAGGACUAACACUGGGCGAAGCUGUGCGGAAGACAGAGACGAAUGGAGGAGGAUAGUUCACGUGUCAUCUGUGGCGCCCCAACGGUCCAAGGACUAAGGGACAUGAUGAUGAUGAUGGGUCAAUUUAAAGAUUAUUAUUUUUAAAAUUGGAGGCGGAAAGGGGGUGGUGGAGCUAUUAAAAAAAUAAUUGCAAUAUAAAUCUAGUUGACUUAUUGUAAAUGUUAUAUCAUACAGCGUCACAACAUCACAGCAUAAACCAGAGGUCGGAAAACUUAUCGGACUAUUAGACCAUUUCAGAGGAGUCGAGAAUUGCCACACUAGGUCAUUUCAGGGGGGUCAAGAAUUGCCACACUAGGUCAUUUCAGAGGGGUCAAGAAUCGCCACACUAGGUCAUUUCAGGGGGUCAAGAAUUGCUACACUAGGCCAUUUCAGAGGAGUCAAGAAUUGCCACACUAGGUCAUUUCAGGGGGUCAAGAAUUGCUACACUAGGUCAUUUCAGGGGGGUCAAGAAUUGCUACACUAGGUCAUUUCAGAGGGGUCAAGAAUUGCCACACUAGGUCAUUUCAGGGGAUCAAGAAUUGCCACACUAGGUCAUUUCAGGGGAUCGAGAAUUGGCACACUAGGUCAUUUCAAGGGGGUGGGUCAAGAAUUGGUAUACUAGGUCAUUUCAGGGGAUCGAGAAUUGGCACACUAGGUCAUUUCAGGGGGGUGGGUCAAGAUAUGGCACACUAGGUCACUUCAGGGGGUCAAGAAUUUGUAUACUAGGCCAUUUCAGUGGGUCAAGGAUUGACACUCUAGGCCAGAGCUCGGCAAACUCAUUCAUCAAAAGUGGGUCAAGGAUUGACACUCUAGGCCAGAGCUCGGAAAACUCAUUCAUCAAAAGUGGGUCAAGGAUUGACACUCUAGGCCAGAGCUCGACAAACUCAUUUAUCAAAAGAGACAAAAAUCAGCAGCAAAACGAUUUUUUUUUUACAUUUUGAGAGGCAAAGUUCUUAUCAAGAACCUUUCAAGAAUUAUUUUUUUCGGAGUCAGAACCGAUUUGUAGGUGACUGGCCUAGCCGCACUCAGGGGCGCGAUUUGUGGCACCCUGUUCUUGUGGAGCCCUGUAAAUGUGGCAUCCUGUUCUUGUGACUCCCUCUCCUUGUGGCUCCCUUUUCUUGAUGCACCCUGUUCUUGUGGCACCCUGUUCUUGUUGCAACCUGUUAAUGUGGCACCAUUUUCUUGUUGCACCCUCUUCAUGUGGCACCCUGUUCUUGUGGCACCCUGUUCUUGUGGCACCCUGUUCCUGUGGCACCCUGUUCUUGUGGCACCCUGUUCUUGUGGCACCCUGUUCUUGUGGAGCCCUGUAAAAGUGGUAUCCUGUUCUUGUGACGCCCUCUUCUUGUGGCUCCCUGUUCUUGUUGCACCCUGUUCUUGUGGCACCCUUUUCUUGUUGCACCCUCUUCAUGUGGCACCCUAUUAUCUUGUGGCGCCCUGUUCCUGUGGCACCCUGUUCUUGUGGCACCCUGUUCUUGUGGCACCCUGUUCUUGUGGAGCCAUGUAAAAGUGGUAUCCUGUUCUUGUGACGCCCUCUUCUUGUGGCUCCCUGUUCUUGUUGCACCCUGUUCUUGUGGCACCCUUUUCUUGUUGCACCCUCUUCAUGUGGCACCCUAUUGUUGUGGCACCCUGUUCUUGUGGCACGAUGUUCAUGUGGUACCCUGUUCUUGUGUCACCCUGUUCUUGUGUCACCCUGUUCUUGUGGCACCCUCUUCAUGUGGCACCCUGUUCCCGUGGCACCCUCUUCUUGUGGCACCCUGUUCUUGUGGCACCCUGUUUUUGUGGCACCCUGCUCUUUUGGCGCCCUACCUUGUGUUUAACCGAGUUAUAUUAUGAAAUAGUUCUGAGAAUUGUUAAAUUUACAUUUUUCCAUUUGGUGUCACCUCCCCCCCCCUUUGUAAGGGUGUCACUCGAUGUGGCACCCACACCUCACACCCCCAAGCGACGCCACUGCUUCCUGUUACCACUGUUAGCGUUAAACACAAUCGAUGUUCGCAUUCCUGUCCCUUGAUUCAGUGCUUGAUAGCAACAGCUGGCAGACACGUCAGACUGGGAAUUAGUCUGUUCAUAUUCAUCAUCAAAAUAGUAGACAAAAGUUAAUUUGUAUUGAUUAUUGGCUUAAGUUUGUUCAGUUGCCACAUGCGGGGAUGGCUGUGGUGAAAAGUAGGAACCGAUGCUAAAGUGGGGAAGAGGGGGGGGGGGGCUCUGUUGAGGGAGGGGUUUACGAGGGGUUCAGAAGGUUAAAAGGGUGGGGGGGGGGGGGGGGGGGAAAAAAAAAAGGUGGGUGGGGUUGAAAAAACAAUCACGUCCUUCUAUCAUGUCCACGUGUUAACAUGUUCAUCUUCUGUCAUUCAUCUAAGUGUUCAGUGUAUAGAUGUAAUGUAAGAUUUCACUAACAUGUUGUAACCCUACCAUAAUUCAAGGUGCUCCACUAUAUUUCUGCUACAGUACUGAAUUAUUAUUAUUUUUUUUUUUAAACAUCACAGUCACUUUAAUCUUUGCAUAAUGGCAGUGGUCUAGUAUAAAGAAUGUGAAUGUUACAAGAAUGGCAUAUUAUUUGAAAUAUGUAUAGCCUAUAAGUCGUAUGGUGUUAUGUUUAGUUCUCAUGGAGUCGAAUGCUAUACUAUUAGUAAUUCGAAAACUUCUGAAUAUAUUAUUUUUUCUUUAUUCUGUCUGAUGGUUUGAGGAUAUGUCUAUUAAUUCUAUUAAAACAGUGUGAUGUGAUUGACCAGCGGUUCUAAGCCUGUGUGUCGCGACCCCUUUAGGGGGUCGAACGACCCUUACACAGGGGCACCCCUAAGACCAUCGGUAAACACAUAUUUAUGAAGUAGCAACAAAGAUAAUUUUAUUGGUUUGGGGGGUGGGGGGGGGGGGGGGGGGGGGGGGGGGGGGUCCACCGCAACAUGAGAAACUGUAUUAAAGGGUCGCGGAAUUAGGAAGGCUGAGAACAAGGUUCCAAUAGACUUAAAUCGACUGAUGUAUUCCGUGUGUCCUGUGGAAGCAACAAGUUCAACAAGGUUCCAAUAGACUUAAAUCGACUGAUGUAUUCCGUGUGUCCUGUGGAAGCAACAAGGUUCCAAUAGACUUAAAUCGACUGAUGUAUUCCGUGUGUCCUGUGGAAGCAACAAGGUUCCAAUAGACUUAAAUCGACUGAUGUAUUCCGUGUGUCCUGUGGAAGCAAAUAUAAUACUUAUUUUUUUUAUUCCACAAUUCUCAUUGUGUCAUUCCAGCUAUGUGCCCCUAUCGCGCUGUUUUUUGUCGACAUCUCGAGACAGCUCAAACCUGUGGCCAUUCAGUUGUUCCAGAAGCCAGGGCCAGACAACCCGGUGAGUAAAUUUAACAAGUAUUGAUCACAUUCACACGAUUGAUUUCUGGGGAUUCAAUGGACUCCUUUUCAAUGUACAAUUUAUUCAUUAUUGAUUAAUUUCAUAAUUUUUAGCAUCCAUGAAAUGAUCCAUUAACAUCGUUCCUGAAAGAAAAAAAAACGUGUGCUCAUUGAAAUAGCUCUCAGAAGCAGAUCACGUGAAUAGCUGACGUUUAUAACACGUGACAUCACAUCGUUUCCUUACAAUGUCAUGUGACAAUUUGACGCCUAGUUGCCGGUUAAUUCAGAACAGCCAAGCUGCUCACAUCAUUGUUAUUUAAUCAAGCAGUUACGUCCCCUCGAGUCUUGUGUGGUGCAUGGGCAACGGCUCGAGAGGGGUGGGGGGACACCCCACCACCACCUUACGGAAUUUCCACCAAAAAAAAAAAAAUACUGAGGAAAAAACGAAAACUUAAUCUACACAACUGAACAUAAUCAUUAAGACUUAUACAACUGUCAGACGAUAAUAGUAAGACGAUUUGUGAGUCCUGCCGGUCGUAGCUGACAAACUGACUCAGAUAUCAAGUAUCAACAAAGCAAUCACGUGAUAUUAUAAAGGAAAGAAAUCAUACGCAUUUUUUUCAUUUAAAGAAAAUUCCUAAGGUCAAAAGAGGUCAUUGCCUUAAACAAUCACACUCGAGAGGUGGGGGGGGGCAAUAAAUAAUAUAUAUAUAUUUAAAUUAAAAGGUUAAAACUUGAAGAGGUUUAGUCAAUUGGACGCACUAUUAAACCGUGACUGCAUUAUCAUAAUUGUCCAUUAUAUAUUUAAGUCAUGGACAAAUUUCGUUCAGCACUUUCAAAAGGAACGGUUGAGGCGUUGAGGCGACAACACUAGACACAUUUGUGUCUAUUGCCUCAAGCCUUCAAACCCCUAGUGCAUGAUUCCCUCACAAAGUGGCACUUGAAAUCAGUGAAAACACCUCAUCAACACCAGGAACAGAAACAUUGCAAAUCCCACCUACAUGCAUAGGAGCCAAAAUGAUAAAUAAAUUGAUCGUGGGCCCUUAAGAUAUAGAAGAAGAAGAAUUUUGAUGUUAUUAUAAUGUCCCGUCCCACCCCCCACCCCCCACUUUUUAUUUAAAUUUUACAGAAUUUAAAGUUUGCACUUUUCCUUAAGUAGGCCUAUAUUGAACUGCCCUUCUGCGACCCGCACUUUCCAUUAAUACUUUAUGAAAAAAUGGUGCGGGCCAAAAAAAAAAAGGAAAGUUGGGGGGGGGGGGGGGGAGCUAUUAAGAAAAUAAUAAGGAUAAAGAAUAUUUUGUUACUUCGCCGGCCGCAAAGUGGGUGCUGGCGGGCCAUAUGUUGUGCAGGCCUGCUUUAAGGCCAAUGUUCAUGCUAGAAAUAUGUGUAGUCUACAUAAUUUAAAAAGACAAGGGUUAUUUUUUCUGUUACUUGUGACGAUUUUUUUCUCGAUUUCCUUUAUCAAGUGACAAAUAGACCGCCCCCAGGGCCACCUCCAGGACCUCGAAUAUUUAAAGGGCCCAACGUCAUGAUGUGAUUUUUAACCAGACUCUAUCAUGAAAUUUAAAAAAAAAUAAUAAUAAAAAGAGAGAGAGUUGGGGGGGGGGGGGGUUGUAGAAAACAGAUAAUUUGCAAGGGGGUCUCAAAGAAAAACGGGAUGGCAUCCUAACAAAUUUUAUAUCUUUGAAGGGGUAGCCAAUAAAAAAAAAAGAGAGAGAGUUGGGGGGGGGGGGUUGUAGAAAACAGAUAAUCUGCAAGGGGGUCUCACAGUAACACGCGAUGGCAUCCUAACAAAUUUUAGACCUUUGAAGAGGUAGCCAUUAAAAAAAAUAUUUUUUAAAUCAGCCAGCUGUUUAAAGAUUUGUAUCCAUGGUUUUGUGACAUAAACAAUAAUUGCGGCUACUUGGGAAAAUCUUCUGUCUGUGAAGCAUUCUUUUUAUUAAAACUAAUAGUAGUAUUAUUAUAAUUUGGGUGAAUUAUAGGCUUUUUAAAAAAAUUUAUUACGCCUAGAUAUCAGAUGUAGUGGAUCUUUUGUAUAGGCCUACUUAAAUUGAUCAUUUUAUGGUCUUUAACUGUACAGGUUUAACCGCAAAUCAGGAUGAAUAUAUAUAUAUAAAAAAAAACAAUUAAGGAAAGUUUUAACAUCAUUGCCGUGUUAGCCGUUGCAACGCUGUCUAGGGCUUAAACUUAAAUGGUUUUCUUCAUUUAUGUGCAAGUAGAAGCGUCAGAACUACCAACAUCCCUCACAACUAUCAACAUCCGUCACUGUCACAGCUAUCAACAUCCACCAAGUAGGCCUAAACAACAUACUGUUUUUUUGUGAUUGCACUAGUUAUCUCUUAUAGGAACUUCCUUAUACAAUUAUAAUACGGCAUUUUGACACCAGAGAACGAAUUUUGAAAACGAAAGUGUCACGUUAAAAUAUGUGACGCUGGGGAAAAAAUACACCACAAAAAUCAAUCAAAUAAUAACAUUUUAAAGGAACCAAGAAGGGGGACUACUUAUGCAUUGAAGCUCACCACGUUAUAAGUUAUAACGAUCUUUAAAAAUUACGGAAUGAAAAGUAAGACAAGGGAAGGGUUUUAGCACAACAUUUUUAGAUAAUAACAAACCUGGUGCACUCCCCACAAUACGCCAAUGCGUAUUGGUUUUUUUUUUUAACAGCUUGCUUUCCAAAAACAUCUUUAUUCUUUAUCCACGGCAGCUUGCUCUCCAAAAACAUCUUGAUCCACGGCAGCUUGCCUUGUCGUAAUUCGUUCACUUAUUUUUUUGGUACACAUUUUUUGCUGAACAACAAACAAUCCCUUCUUUUGAUUUUCUAACUUUGUACAUUCACAGAUUUUCACCCCACGAUGCCCAUCCUUGUUGUGGACGUUGGCCAAGAUGUGGUACAACAAUGCAGACACUGCCUACCACCAGGGCAUUGCACAUCUCGGUAUGUUAACAGAUCCAAUGACAAGCUGUACCAGUACAGCGUUGAUGUAGCUGUGUAGAUAGUGAUAGCUGCGUUACUCAGGCGUGGAUAAGGGUGGGUCUGCUAUAAUGUUGCUCAAGCUACAGAGCCUUUGAUCCAUCCCAUAAAAAAAUGUUGGUUUUUGGGGGGCGGGGGCUUUGUGUGUGUGUGUGUGGGGGGGGGGGUAGGGAUAGAGACUACUGACAGUCUACUGUUUUAUUUUUUAAAAUGUAUGUUAAUCUAGAAAAGUUUACUUUUUUUUUUUUUUUUUUUAGUAGUUUUGUAAUUAUUGUAGGGGCCAGCUCUAAAAUACACUUUUCAAAAAGUGGCCAUAAAAUAGUGGUUAUCUGUUAUGGUACAUCCUGACUGGAGAAGGAAAAACUUGAUAACCUUGACCUCAUUGAUGGUGGCAAAGUGGAUCCCAUAAGCCAUAGACAUUCAAGCUUAAUAUAGGAGUCAAACUUGUAUUUUCUCCCCUUGAAUUGGUUUUAAAGUUUGUAAUUUGUAGUGUCCCAGUAAAUGCAUACUUUCAUUAACUGGUUUCUGUUCGACCCGAUUUUAUCAAAAUUGCAUUUCAUUUUUGUCCCCCGGGAUCCACCACAGAUUAUAUGAAAGGAUGGAGGUUUUAAUAUAACAGUACAAAGAAAUGAAUGAGAAAUGUAGUGCAAAAUAUAUGUUUCGUUUUGUGCAGGGUUCACUCACCUCAUUAUGGAAGGGUUUGCAGUAGCAGCAAACAGGAACCUGUCUGCAUCACAUCCUGUUUUUAAACUGUUGGCUCCCCAUUUCCUCUACAUCAUUAGCAUCAACAAGUGAGUGAAAACUGAUGAUGGCUGAAAUUCAACUAACUUUUUAAAGAAAACUGGUCUCUAAAAUUCAAAUGGACUUUUCCAGAAAAUUAGUCCCUAAAAUUUCAUAAGACUUGUAAAGAAAAUUUGUCUUCAAAUUUUAAAAAGAUAUUUAAAGAUAAUUUGUCAUUUACUUUUACCAACAAGUUAGAGUAAUGGUGUUUUUAGUGUUUCAUGGGGCAGAUACUGCAAAGCCAAAUGAUCUCUCUGGUAUAAUAUAGGGCUCAAUAGAGAUGAGCAUCAUAGUUCUUUUCCGGGUUAGGGUUAACGUACGGCUCCCUGGGCGGUGGGGGGUGGCAACGCAACGUCAUCUCCGGAGAGGAAGCAAAGCUGUUCCAACCCUACGUCCAGACCGUAAGACUCAAUGGGCAAGGGGGGCUGUGACGCAAAACUGUCCCCUCAUGAGUGGAAGCUACCUGCCCAAAACCCCGUUACUCAAUAAGGCCGAGUUGCAUGGCCGGAGUCCCCAGGGACUACUAGGCUAUGUUUCACGGCCAAAGGUCCUAAGAGAUAGAAUCUCGACCUCCGAGUAUUGAUCUUUAUAAGUUCUUUUCUGGGAACCAAUAUUUUGGCAGCAUCGAUGAUGGAAAGUGAAAUCAUUCUCACAUUUAAUAUUUACUGCACUUUAAGAAAAAUGGUAGUUUCAGUCUUAGACGUCUGAGUGUUGGGCAAAAUAUCACAACUUAUUCAGCCCUGCAAUGCUUGUUAAAAAAUCAGUUUUUUUCAUUAAAUUUGAUGAAACAAAAUAUUUUAUAAAUGAAAAAUAUAAAUGUGUUCAAUUAUUUUUGUAUCAUUGUCUGUUGGUUUGCUGUCAAAAUCGGGACACCAAACUCAAGGACAAGUCUUUUGUUUGGUUUGGUCUAAAUGUUUGUUGUCUUGAGGGUGGGUCUAGUUGGUGGGUCUACUGGGUGGGGCUAGUGGGUGGGGCUAGUGUUUUUAAUGUGUGUAUGAAAGUUACAAGAAUCUUAAGGUAUUUCAUGCCAUGGAUGUGUUAAUCUCCUCUCACUUUGAUGCACUAUUUCAGUCGAGCUCUAGAAAAGCUGGUGGGAGAUGGUGGAUGGGUGGAUGUUACCAUGAACUUUGGCAACAAGGGAUUGUUUGCAUUGGUUGUGAAGGCGUAAGUAAACCUAUCUGUUAUGUUUUCAUUGUUUUUAUUUCAAAAAAGUGACAUAAACAUAUAUAUACAUAAAUACAAGUUCUCAAUCAGGUGUUGACUUUCUGCUUGAGUCCGGAACACGGUUCAUAAACAGACACACUCUGUCCAGUCUCUCUGCGCAUGCGUGCUGUUUCCUUGGCUGGCUAUCGGUACGGGCCACUCCGCUAGUCCACCAUAACACUAUCAACAUGGGAUUGUUUGCAGUGAUUGUGAAGGCUAAGUAAAAAUAUCAAAAAGGAAUUGUUUCCAUUGGUUGCUAAGACCUAAGUUAACCUAUCUGAAUUUUGUACCUUGGUUAGAUCAUCAAUAUGAAGAUAACCAUAUGUAUUAUUAUUGGACUGUGAGGUUACUGAGUCACACAUCUGUCAAAUUAAGUGUCAGAAGAAACUGUUAGAAAUUCUAUUUAAACUCUGGAUAAAACAUUUUAAAGAGUAUCUCUAAGAUUCUAUAAAUUCCAUUACUUUUAAAUAACCCCAUGCUAUAAUUGUGUUAUUUAAUAGUUUGACCUAUGCUGAAAUUAAAUGAUGGGUCCAUUUUAAAGACAACUUUAUUUUAGGCAGAAAUGAAUAUAUUUUUAAUUGACAUCUUAAGAGUAGACCAAAUGAUCAUUUAUACAAAUAUCUAUUGUAGUUUGAAAGAAUGGAGGUUGGAUUUGCAUGGAACAUUGCCUGAAGAUCUCAAAAAGAGAGGGGUGAGUUGUGGUGUACACAGAACUGUGUAAUUGUUUCCCUGUCACCAAUCAAAUUUUGAUUAAUUAGCUUAAUUUUGUAAUUAAUUAGUCAAUAAAUAAUUACUAAAUGCACAUUAAAAUAUCGUUAUGUGGGUUUUGCUUUUAUUUUUCAUUGCUCUUUAUUAUGCCCAAUUUUUUUUAGUUGCCCCCUUGCCAAAUUUUUUUUCUUUAUUGUUAUAUAUUUUGGGGGUGGUUUUAAUGUAAGUAAUAAAGUUAACAAUAGAUUUCUUUCUCUUCCCUUGAAAGGUUGAUGACCCAGGCAUCCUCCCUAGCUACCACUUCAGAGAUGACGCCAUCUUACUUUACAAUGCAAUAAGCAAAUACGUCAAGGCUUAUAUUGAACUCUAUUACCGUAAGUUGGCUACUCCUUAACAAUACCUUGAGCAAAUAUGUCAUGUCAGGGUUUACAUUGAACUCUAGUACUGUAAGAUGGCUCCUCUUUCAUAAGCUCUUGAAGUAAUCAGCUAUGCUAGAUUGAAUUUAAAAAAAAAAAAUAAUAAUAAUUAAUUAGUCCUUUUAAUUUGAUCUCAAACUUUUUGGGAUACACCUGAAAAAUCUUUUUUGACACACUAGCAAACCAUUUGAAAAACUUUUUAAUACACUGUUCUUCGCUGGUUGGAAACAGCUGUUGUUAAAAGUGAAAAAAAAACUCCUUUGAAGUACCUGCAAUUUAAAAUAAUAACUUUUGGUUAAUAACCAUUCAUAUGAACACUGUGUUCCCCUUUUCUCAUAAGAAUCAGUGACUUCCCCUGGUCUAAUUUCUUAGCCUUUUUAUAUCCAGCAACUCCUCAGGUCCUACAAAAUGAUGAGGAGAUUCAAAACUGGGUCAAAGAACUUGUCAAAGAAAGAAACUUUUCUGAAGGUGGAGUAGGAAUUUUGGUGAGCCUUUCAAAUGCGUUUCCGUUAUUAAAAAUACAAUAUUGAAUUAAGUUGCUCACUAAAAUCAAAAUACCAAAAGAACAAAAUAAAUUUAACUAAACCUUUCUCUUUGCAAAUAUAUCAAAUCUGACGUUAAGUAGAUGAGAAGAAAAAAAAGGGGGGGGGGGGGACGACGACGACACACAAUUCAUAACAUAUACUUCACAUGCAUUAUUCAUCCCACAAUAAUGACCUACUUACUGCUGUAAAUGGCUUUAAGUUAUUAAAAUAUUUAUAAUAGUUUUAUCAAUAGAGAAAACUCCACAUUUCAAUCAAUAUUUAUUCGAUUUAAUUAUUUUUGUUUUACAUUUAGGGAGUUCCAGGAAAUGGCACCCUGACCACAAAUGAUCAGCUCCAACAAAUAGCUACUUUUGUCAUCUACACCAGCAGUGUGGGUCAUGGAGCCGCUAAUUUUGCACAAUAUGAUGAAUAUGGAUUCCCUCCUAAUUAUCCUGCCAUGAUGUUGGGAAACCCCCCCACAGAUGUUGUAAGUGUUGGAAUGAAAAACUCUCGUAGCUCUCUCUCUGGAAAGUUUUUGAUUUCAAACAACUUUAAUUUUCUUUUUUUUUUUUGUAUUGCCUGCUGAGGAAGGCAUUUAGGCAGAAACGUUCUUUAAUUGUUCUGUCUUAUUUUUCAAGCCUUAAAAUAUCUUGUUCCACUUUUUAUUAUUUUAGAUUUAGUAGUUUACCAUAACAAAUGACAAAGGUUGUUUUUCCCACUCAGUAGUUAGUGUUUUAAUGUUUCACUUGCAAUAUCUAUCAAUGUUUAUAAUGAAAAAUGUUUUUUUUCCCCACUCAGUAGUUGAUGUUUCACUUGCAAUAUCCAUCAAUGUUUAUAAUGAAAAAGGGAUUGAUGGGCUGGUAAUUCCUAUUUGAUCAAAAUUCUUAUGGAUUUUUUUUCUCUUAAAUUUGUAAAACAGAAUGCCAACAUAACAGAGAAAGACAUUAUAAAGAGUUUACCUGACAAGGCCACAACACUAGACACGAUGACCAUUACUAAAAUUCUCAGUACAAAAGGAACAAGAAGCCUGGGAGAUUUUGAGGUGCAGUACAUCUUUGAUCCCAAGGCCAGGGAAAUUGUGGAUGAGUAAGUAAUUGUCAUAGUUUUUAUGAUAAUCUAGUGACACGGAAGAUAAACAUUCUUUUUAUUGGAUGGAAUUUUUAAGACCCUUUUUUUUUUUUGCAUAGGUUUAAAUAAGCAGCUAGAUUUAUCAACAAAAGAUCAAUACAUAUUCAAUAAAAUAGCAUGCACCAAAAAAUGGAUUUUUCAAAAAGAUUUUAUGAGAAAGCUAACUCACUAUUUGAAACUUUUGUUUAUGGCCUUAAAGUAUCUUAAUGACACCAUGUCAUUGUCAGUAAUUAAACAAAUUAUGUAGAGAAUAAUUUUAGUAUUCAUAAGGAAAUAAUCAAUGCUUUUUUUUUCUUUCUGUCUUUGUUAUAAUUUUUUUUCCAUGAAAGCUUUCUUGAAUUUUUACUGCAAUAUGCCUAUUUCUAGAGUUAUUCAAUUUUUUUCAUUUAAAAUUAAUUCAAAUUGAUUUUAAUGUCAAUUCCUCAUCAUCUAGGUUCCGCAGUGAUCUUCGUGAAAUUGGUAGCAAGAUUGCCGAGCGGAACACAGAACGAAAUCCAACCUACCCUUACUUGGAUCCCCAGUUUAUUCCUAACAGCAUUAGUAUUUAGAGAAAAGAAUUUUCUUAAGAGCUCAAAUUUAUAGUGAUAGCAGUACAAGUAUUAUCUACAAACUAUAAAAACUGCUUGAAACUAACAAAAU